AUGCCUUCCAAUGUUUACAACAAUCGAGAAUCCUGUCCGACGAAGGACUAUGAUACAAUGACCCAAAGCGAAGCUAUCGAUGCGAUCAAAACACGAACAAAGUCCCUCGAGCGUCUUAUGGUACACAAGAACCCGUCUCUCAGGCAGAAAGCCGAAGAAUUGGCAUUGAAGACGAAAAUGAUGAACCUCAAAAGGUCAAAUCCCGCUCUAAAAAUUGUCCAAAAUCAAGAAAUACUCAACUUGAGCUGGAACUGGUUAAAGAUUCUCCACGAGCAUCGUCAGGAGUUUCAGGUGGAUAUCAAGACUGUUGAGGAAUACUUAUUUCUCUUAAGAAAACUGCAGCCUGCGAACGACAAAGACUGGGCACGAAAGAUUAGCAUCGCCUCAGAGAUAAUGACUGAAUCUACUGUCAUGCGCAGCAAUAUCGAGGCCCGCAUCCAAGAGGUAGAAAAUUUCCUAUCCGAGAUGGCAAGUGAGAAAGUAAGCUUAAAGAGAAGAAAAGAAAUGGUGCUAGAUCUCGGAAUACGCCAUGGAAUCUAUGGGACCACACUUACUCUCCGCGACCAUGAUAAAUUUCCCCAGGAUAGAUACAGGAAACUGAUUGACGUAGACUCAUUAGAGAAGCAAGUUCGUGGGGCCGAGGUGGUUUUCAAGAAGUUAGGACUGUAG